GGGGCUGUCGGCGGCGCCGGUCACUGCUCCCGAGGGCGGGCAGGGCUCAAGCGGGCCGAGCUGCCGCCGCCGCGCCGCCACCCGACCAUGUUUGACGGCUGCCUCCUGCCGCUCGUGGUUCCCUGCCUGCUGCUCUGCGGGCUGGGCGCCGGCACAGCUGGCGGAGCGGAGCUGGAAGUGGUGAUCCCGGAGCGAGUGGCGCUGGAGAAGAUCCACCUGCUGCCGCCCGCCGUGCGAGGGGAUCGCGGCGGCCCCCGGCGCCGGCGGGCACUGCCGCGGCAGCGGACGGCGGCCGAAGCCCUGCUGCUCCGCCUGCCCGCCUCCGGCGCCGAGCUCUACCUGCACCUCCGCCGCGACCUGAGCUUCCUCUCCCGGGACUUCGUGGUGGAGCAGCGGCGCGGGGAGGCGCGGCGGCCCCCGGAGGAGCGGCUCUGCUUCUACACGGGACGCGUCCUGAACCGCACCGACUCCUUCGCCUCCCUCAGCACCUGCGCCGGGCUGGUUGGCUAUAUCCAAAUUGGAUCAGAGCACAUGCUGAUACAACCAGUGAAUACAUCAGAGACCUCAUUUAGUGGGAAAGAACACUUCAUCAGGCGCAGACGAUCCACCAAGGCAAGCCACCCCAUGAAGUCUCACGUUCCUGAUGAGCACUGCAAGGUUGUAGCAGAAAAGAAGAGACAAAAGAAGAUGAAAUCAACCAGUGACUGGAGGGAGAGAAGAAACGCCAUUCGACUCACCAACGAGUACACAGUAGAAACCCUGGUGGUGGCAGAUGCUGAUAUGGUCCAAUACCAUGGUGCUGAGGCUGCCCAGAGAUUCAUCCUCACAGUUAUGAAUAUGGUAUACAACAUGUUUCAACAUCAAAGUCUUGGAAUUAAAGUCAGCAUUCGAGUGACCAAACUAGUGCUGCUUCGCAACCGUCCUGCAAAAUUGUCCAUUGGUCAUCAUGGAGAGAGGUCUCUGGAGAGCUUUUGUCAAUGGCAAAAUGAAGAAUAUGGUGGGGCAAAAUACCUUGGUAACAACCAGGUUCCUGGCGCAAGGGAUGACACCCCUCCUGUGGAUGCUGCUGUUUUUGUAACCAGGACAGAUUUCUGCGUACACAAAGACGAGCCUUGUGACACUGUGGGAAUUGCCUACCUGGGAGGUGUCUGCAGUGCCAAGAGAAAGUGUGUUCUUGCUGAAGACAAUGGUCUCAACCUGGCAUUUACAAUUGCGCAUGAACUUGGGCACAACAUGGGAAUGAGCCAUGAUGAUGAUCAUCAGCCCUGCGCAGGGAGGUCCCACAUUAUGUCUGGAGAAUGGGUGAAGGGCAGGAACCCAAGUGAUCUUUCCUGGUCUUCAUGCAGCCGCGAUGACCUCGAAAACUUCCUAAAGUCCAAGGUGAGCACCUGCCUGCUGGUGACAGACCCCCGCAGCCGGUACGCAGUGCGGCUCCCUCACAAGCUGCCAGGAAUGCACUACAGUGCUGAUGAACAGUGCCAGAUACUGUUUGGGACCAAUGCUACGUUCUGUAAGAAUAUGGAGCAUUUGAUGUGUGCUGGGCUCUGGUGCCUGGUGGAAGGAGAUACAUCCUGUAAAACAAAGUUGGACCCCCCUCUGGAUGGCACAGAAUGUGGCGCAGACAAGUGGUGCCGAGCUGGGGAAUGUGUCAGCAAAACUCCCAUCCCUGAGCACGUUGAUGGAGACUGGAGCAUGUGGAGUCAGUGGAGCAUGUGCAGCCGGACCUGUGGCACAGGAGUGCGGUUCAGACAGAGGAAAUGCGACAAUCCCCCCCCAGGGCCAGGAGGGAAGAACUGCCGAGGAGCCAGCGUGGAGCACACUGUGUGUGAGAAUUUACCCUGCCCUAAGGGUGUGCCAAGCUUCAGGGACCAACAGUGUCAGGCCCAUGACAGGUACACCAACAAGAAGAAAAGUCUCCUGACAGCUGUCAUUGUUGAUGAUAAGCCAUGUGAGCUCUUCUGCUCUCCCUUGGGGAAGGAUUCCCCUGUGCUGGUGACAGACAGAGUCCUUGAUGGUACUCCAUGUGGGCCUUAUGAGACUGACCUCUGUGUACAUGGCAAGUGCCAGAAAAUUGGCUGCGAUGGAAUCAUUGGCUCAGCUGCCAAAGAGGAUCGCUGUGGAAUCUGCAGUGGUGAUGGCAAAACCUGUAAAGUGGUGAAAGGCGACUUCAACCACACCAAGGGGAUGGUAACCAAUAGUCAUUGUAAGAAGGUUUCCACAUGUGUGAUGGCAAAGGCAAAGGCUGUUCCCAAGUGUUUCUCGUGUUACAUCGAAGCAGCUGUGAUCCCUGCAGGUGCCCGGCGGAUCAGAGUGGUUGAGGAUAAACCUGCUCACAGCUUUCUGGCUUUAAAAGAUUCCAGUAAGAGAUCCAUUAACAGCGACUGGAAAAUUGAGCUUCCUGGUGAGUUUCAGAUCGCAGGCACUACUGUCCGGUACGUGCGAAGGGGUCUGUGGGAGAAAAUCUCUGCCAAAGGACCAACUAAAAUACCACUGCACUUGAUGGUGCUGUUAUUUCAUGACCAGAAUUAUGGAAUUCAUUACGAAUACACCAUUCCUGUAAACUAUACUGCUGAAAACAGAAGCGAGCCAGAAAAGCAACAGGAUUCUUUGUACAUCUGGACGCACAGCGGAUGGGAAGGGUGCAGUGUGCAGUGUGGAGGAGGUGAAAGGAAAACCAUUGUAUCCUGUACUCGAAUCAUUAACAAGACCAUGACACUGGUGAAUGACAGUGACUGCCAGCGAGUGAAUCGCCCCGAGCCCCAGGUCAGGAAAUGUAACACACACCCCUGCCAGUCACGGUGGGUGACUGGCCAUUGGAGUCCCUGCUCUGCCACUUGUGAGAAAGGUGUCCAGCACCGGGAAGUGACUUGUGUUUAUCAGCUGCAAAAUGGCACCUACGUUAACACAAGAGACCUCUACUGCCUUGGCAACAAACCUACAACAGUACAAAGCUGUGAAGGUCGGGACUGCCUUUCUAUCUGGGAAGCAUCAGAGUGGUCAAAGUGCUCAGCAGACUGUGGCAGGGGGAUUCAGAAGAGAACAGUGACGUGCACGAAUUCCCAAGGAAAAUGUGAUGCAGCCACCAGGCCAAGAGAUGAGGAAGAGUGUGAGGAUCACACAGGCUGUUACGAAUGGAAAACGGGCGAUUGGUCUAAGUGCUCCUCAACCUGUGGGAAAGGCCUCCAAUCACGUGUGGUCCAGUGUAUGCACAAAGUCACCGGGCGCCAUGGCAGCGAGUGCCCUGUCCUGUCCAAGCCAGCGGCCUACAGGCAGUGCCACCAAGAGGUCUGCAAUGAGAAGAUAAAUGUCAACACAAUUACCUCGCCCAGACUUGCUGCUCUCACGUACAAGUGCACAGGCGACCAGUGGACAGUGUACUGCAGGGUGAUCCGGGAGAAGAACCUGUGCCAGGACAUGCGGUGGUAUCAGCGCUGUUGCCAGACUUGCAGAGACUUUUAUGCAAACAAGAUGCAGCAGAAGAGUUAAUGAACCUGUGCUACUUCUUAGAGCAUUACAGCUAUUUGUAUGUAAAUCACGGACUAGUAGGUCUGAGUACUGGAACUUGAUGAGUUGCUACAAUGUGGUGGAUUCCAAAGCAUACCUAAUAAGACUUGAAACUAAUUCUACAGACUGGAUACCAAAGUAAUCCACUCAUCCACCUUAAAAAAAAACAAACAGAAAGAGUCAUCUCAAGGAGCCAAUCCUUUUAUGGUAUUUUGACAUCCUUACAUUUUUCAUUAAUGCUUCUUACUUUAAUAUAUUAAAUCACCAGCCACUGGAUGGCUUGCUACCAUUAAAGAGAAGGACAAGAGUUGCAAAGUGAUUACAUUGACUAAGGUUAUGGGUACCCCCAUGGGGGAAGGCCUCUGGCAAAAUAAUUCAGCAAAGGUAGAGACAUUACUUAAUCUUUUAAUCUUGGCUUUCAUCUGGUGCUUUCAGUUCCCAACAGUCAUCCCACUGUGGAGUGGGCUUGGAGGGACACACGUAAAUGAGAGGCUUAAUUUAAAGAGAGGAUUUGCUGUAAAAGCUUGUGAAAACUGAUAGCAGAGGAUGAACAUCUCUGAAAUUCCUGCAGAAAACUCAGUACAACAUUCCAAGUCAUGUAUUUUAGAGAAGCUAAUCAGGACUGCUCUUCUUUCUCAUUUUGAAAAAGAGUCCUCUCUCUCUUUUCCCCAUAAUAUUACAGUUUCUUUUAUGAAACCUGUUUGUUCUCUGAGCUUUAUGAAAUGGAAGCUUAUUAACAGCCGCAGAUAGUUAUUUUUAAACAGGAACUAUUUACAUGAGAUGAGAGAAGCAAGAAAUCAUUUCCUCAGGUAGAGCUCACUGAGGGUUUUCUUGGUCUAAUCUCUCCAGUUUUUAGAAGUCAGUCAGAUAAUGAGGCUGAAUGCUGUUUUUUAAGAGGACCGUGAAACUGGAUAGGGUUGGUACAAAAACAGUAUUUGGAGCGUGAAGAAACACAAACAGCAGAACAAGUGUUUCCUAUCUCUUGGCUCUUGUAUACAUCUGAGGUUGUGUAGUCUUUUGAGUCAAAAGGAGUCAGGGAUACAAGACAUUCAAAGUGUAAUCUUAAGCUUGUUGAAGCCAUAAGGCCAAGACUUCCAUUGCCUUCCGUAAGGGUUAGAAGGUUAGGAUUGUACUCACUGUAUUUUAAUGCUUCCUGUCUUCCAUGGUGCUAUCAGGUUUGGUGCUAUCAGAUUGGUGCUAUCAGAGCACUUAGCAAGUGCUGCAUAUACAACGCUCUCUUCCAUGUCUCUGCACUUUAAACCAAACUCCUCUCUGAGAUGUGAGACUUGAAACAGGAGCUCUACCCAGGGCAGAGCUUGUCCCCUCCAUUAGUCAUACAGACCAAUGUCUCCCUGUCAUACCUUGCUCCAGUACAUAUCAUUUCCUUUGCCAGGGUCCAAGGCCAGUUGUGCAAUGGUGGUUAAGUUACAGCCCACUGUUCAGGAUACAAACAGCAGUUUGGAUGAAUUGCAGCUUUGUACUCGCUCUAGAACUGCCUGUUACUGUUUUUGCUUUGGAGAUGAGUGCAGAACUAAGCCCAGCCACUACCCGCAGCCCUGGGCCAGUCUGGAUUGCAGCUCUCACGUAUCCUCAAGUUGUCUUUGUUGCUGUUGUCUCUUUUUUUCAAUGCAAGAAGGGAUAAAGACCUUCAGUACCUAACAUAUCUUUAAAGCAACUUUUUCUUCCUUAUUACAGUCCUUUCAAUAUCCAGGACCUCACUGGAUUAACUCAUUAGCAUUUUAUUAAAGGCUAAGUUUUUCAAGCACAAGAAGCUAAUAUUCAUUAACAGACUAAUACUUUGUGGGCUUCACAUUAGCAUCUGUGCUUACUAGUGCAAAUAAUCUUGUGUGCACACCAGGGUUGGCCUGUGUGCACAGGCACAUUUGCACACAGUUUUUUUCUCAAGUGCCUGUCUCAAACAGAUCUGCUUUCCAAUGCCCCAGAUGAUUUUCUCUAUCAGGGAAAUGAUUCAAACUUGGUUUUUUGUUAUACUGAAUGUUCUUUUGGCAUCUUAUAAUCAGGAUCAGACCUCCUCCUUCUGUUAUUUCUGCUCUUCAGCCCAAUUGCAGAGAUUGUGUAACUACUUAGCAAGUAAUCAAUUAGCAGGAGUGACCUGGAAGAUUUAGGCAAUACCACAGUGAUUUUCAUUUAGGCAAAUUAAUAGGUAGAUGAACUGCUAAUGAAGAAGUUCCAAGAGACCAGACAGAGCCCAGAGGACCUGAUUUAUACUGGUAAUUCACAGUGGUAGUUUUCCCCCUUGCGGGCUGUCAUACCCUGCAGUGACACUGUCCCUAGUGCCUCACCACCACCAUAGCCACCUCACAGCAGUUUGGGUGAGAUGGGUCCCCCUGACAUCCUUCAUUUGGAGUUUGCUGGUUUACCUUUAAUGGGCAACAUCUGCCCAUGAAGCGGCCCAGCCCAAUGAAAUGCCACCCCCUUGCUGAUCAUUGUGGCAUCACUAACACUCAAGUUGGGCUGUUGAAGGAUUUGGCAUCAGGCUUCUCUGUUAGCUUGGAAGAAAAACAUGUGCAUUUAUUACUAAUGGGAAUCAAAAGCAGGGGUAAUUUUUCCUUCUGGUGCUGAUCUGUCACCCUCUCUAGGCAAUAGGAGGGCUCCUAGAAAGGUGCACAGGAGAAAGAAGAUUUUAGUUAUUAUGUUUUUCACUAACUGUUCACUCCUUGCCACUGUCCCGAAGAGGACACUAGGCUAAUUAGACAUGUGUCCCAGUAUGCUUAGUUCCUGGAUUCAAAGGACAUUUGGGUCCGAGUUCUUGGUCUUACCUAAGGAAACAUGAAUUUACAAGGAAUACUUUCAAAUGUCUGAGCACUGAAAAAAAACACCUCACUUCCUCUCACAGCCCAUAGGUUAGUGUGCAUUGACCUUUAGGGUUUUUAUUAUCAGAAACCAACUUUAAUUAAACACUGAUGGCACAACACAGCUCCAUCUUAUUGCGUUCAUAUGGUGACAAUCUUCCCACUUUAUAAUAGCCAGAAAAUUAAUAAUAAGAAAAAAAUUCAGUUCUGUUCAAUACUCCUGCACUUCUGUUUUGUAUCAUUUUAUAAGAGUUUUAAUAUGAAUUUACAGCUAUGCUCUGCCCUCAGUUACUACAUACUGGUGAAAAGAAAGCUGUUUGUUUCAGUGUAUCUAUGACAAUACUUCUUUCAGUUGUUCGUAAGAGAUUGAUGCUCUUUUGAUUACAGUGGUGGUAUUUCCAUAUUGUAAACAAUACUCUGUACUGUUACUAAAGUACUGUACAUUUCUAGUUGCACAAUUGUGUUAUUGAGUGUAGAUUCUCACUAGCUCAUGUAUGGUGCUAUUUUUUGUUGGUGGAAAAGAAUCUUAGCAGUCGGUUAUUGCUUGAUAUUUUAUUAUAAUACAGGGAUAUAUUCUCCAUGGCAAUAAUAUCAUUUAAGUUUUUCAUUACAGAGUGAAAUGUAUAUAUUUUUCCAUUAGCUAAUUUGCAUAUGUACUGUAUCCAUGGUAAUUUUCUUUUUGGUGCUGGUUAUAAAUAGAAAAGAUAAAAACAGUCCAACUGAAUGGAACCAGUUGUAAAUGAAAACCAAGGGGAAAAAAAAAAGAGGCUCAUUCCUUUUUGGAAAACAAAAUUUGAGUAUGUUGAAUAAUAAAUUUAUUUUUUCCAUAACAACUUUAAUAAGGUUUCUGAACUUGAAAAAAAUAUGAAGCAAGCCAAACAGCUAGCAUGAAAAUUAAGAGAAAGGAGUGAUGCUGUAAGUAGUACAUUAUGCAUCCAUCUAACGCUGGGCUGAGACUGGGAUUUGGUUAAGUCCAACUGUCUGAUAGCUGUGGUAGGUGUAAAAGGUCAUUUGUCAGUAGAGUUCUGGCAUCUCGGAGUUCUCAGUGCACUAACAAAUCAAGAAAUGAUGGGUCUUGUCCCGGCUGGGUUGCAAAGUAAAGCACAGGGAAUGUUAAUACCUGAUGAAUGCCUUGUGAGGUCUGUGGUCAGUGAGGCAGCAGCAGAAACUCCCUGUCUGGAAAUAGUGAGCCAGGCUCCAUUUGGGGCAUCACUAUGGAAGCCUGAGCAGGCUGUGGGGAAGCUAAAGCUUAUGCAUGAGGGGAGGGAGAUUUUGUGAGUGCUUUACGGGAAGGUUGCUUUCAAUGUAUGCUGGAGCUGAGGUGAAGUGGCAGCUUGCUCUGUGUUUAAUGGUAGUGGGUCCACGGGCGCAACCUGAUAAUGCUGAGUAUGUGGAAAUUUAUAUUGGAGCAAAACUAUUCCAUCCAUUGGAAAGGUAUCUACAUAACCUAGCUGCACACUUCCCUGGUGUGAAAUAAACGGAAUUACUUCAGUGCCAA